AAAUAACGGAUAAUUGGUUAUCGUUGCCUCGCGUCACUUCGUUCCUACCUCUACUUCUUCUUCUUCUUCUUCACUUCACCAUUUUCUCAUAUUCUCAUUCCUUUUAAUGGCGUUAGGGUUUCAUUCUUCUUAGAUUCAUUCUCUUCACCAAAUCGAAAACCAUGAAUCUCUCACUACCAUCACCUUCCACUUUCCGCGUCGUUCCUCUCUCCCACUGCACUUCUUGCUUUCAAUUCAAUCUUCGUUUUCAUCCUUCUAACCGUUUUCACAAUUCGUGUUCGAGUUCGUUGAAGUUUAAUCCUCCUACCGUAAGAAGAAGACGGAUUGCUUGUAGUGUUAAUGAAUCUGAUGGUGAUAACGACGAGGAGAAAGAAGCACAUAAAAAUGGAGAAACACAAUCUUUGGAGGAUACCUCUGAGCAAAGUAACCCUCCACCUGUAGAUGCAGGACAGCUAAACAAGUUUGGUGAUGAAAAUACAAAUCAAAAUGAUGUGCAGAAUACGGAUAACAUAGAAGUUACCAGUGGAUCACCUCUGCCAGGUGUGAAGCCUCAACAACUGGAUGAUGUGAUAAAAAUUCCCAAGGAAAAAAUCGAAAUCCUUAAAAAUCAAGUGUUUGGCUUUGAUACUUUUUUUGUAACAAGCCAAGAUCCUUACGAGGGUGGAGUGCUAUUCAAGGGAAACCUGCGAGGGCAAGCUUCUAAAAGUUAUGAUAAGAUAUCAAAGAGAUUGCAAGAUAAAUUUGGAGAUGAAUACAGGCUUUUCCUUCUAGUCAAUCCUGAGGAUGAUAAGCCAGUGGCCGUUGUCGUUCCAAGAACUACUUUACAACCAGAGACAACUCCUGUACCUGAGUGGUUUGGUGCUGCGUCUUUUGGAAUCGUCACAGUGUUUACCUUACUGCUUCGCAAUGUCCCCAAUUUGCAAUCCGAUUUAUUAUCAACUGUUGACAAUCUAAAUUUGUUAAAGGAUGGCCUACCUGGAGCCCUUGUUACUGCACUUAUUAUCGGGGUACAUGAACUUGGUCACUUUCUAGUUGCCCAAAACCUUGGAGUUAAGCUUGGAGUCCCGUACUUUAUUCCUAGCUGGCAGAUAGGCUCUUUUGGUUCAAUUACAAGGAUAAGAAGCAUAGUAUCUAAUCGUGAAGAUUUGCUCAAGAUUGCAGCUGCUGGACCAAUUGCCGGAUUUGCAUUGGGUUUUGUUCUUCUGCUUCUAGGUUUUGUUAUACCUCCAAGUGACGGUAUUGGUGUUGUUGUUGAUGCUUCUGUGUUUCACGAGUCAUUUCUAGCCGGCGGCAUUGCAAAACUGUUUCUUGGUAACGUUCUCAAGGAAGGAACUCCAAUUUCUAUCAACCCUCUUGUGAUAUGGGCUUGGGCAGGACUCCUUAUCAAUGCCAUCAACAGUAUUCCCGCUGGAGAAAUUGAUGGAGGGAGAAUUUCUUUUGCCAUAUGGGGAAGAAAGGCUUCAAUUCGCUUCACAGGAUUUUCGAUUGUGUUGCUUGGACUGUCAUCACUGCUUAAUGAUGUAGCUUUCUACUGGGUAGUUCUUAUAUUCUUCUUGCAAAGAGGUCCAAUUUCUCCUCUUUCAGAUGAAAUAACUGAACCUGAUGACAAGUAUGUUGCUCUUGGAGUAACAGUUUUGCUCUUAGGCUUGUUAGUUUGCUUGCCAUAUCCUUUCCCGUUUAUAGAUGAAACCCUUGCAAGUUUCUAGAAACAGUGGCCACAUGCAUACACUCUGGCAACAUCACUAUGGAGUGCUAGUGCAUGAUUUUUUGAAACUCAGUAUACGGUAGGAUUUUCAAUGAAUCAAAACAUACCCUUGGUUCAUUUGCAAAACUUCAAAAUUCUAGACUGCAAACGUCCCACUUUUGUAAUUUAUAAUUCAUUAACAAAUGGGCGAUUUUCUUUUAAUGUCGAAUUCCAGUUGUUCAGUGUGAAAUGUUUAGUUGAAAAUUUUCAUCACUGGAAAAAAAUAUUGUAUUGCUAAAAUUGGCUGAAUUAAUGUGUAUUAGAAUUCUUAUAAUCACAAAGGAAAUUGACUUUA